CGUCACGGGGCGGCGCGGCGGCCGUGAUGGAAGUUGAGAGGUGGAGGCUCACUGUUUACUUCGUGCUGUACAAAAAUAAAACUGUUUAAAAGCUAGACUCCGGGCCCCGGUCCUUUCUAAAUAAGGCCUUAAAAAGGACUAGGACCCCUAAUUCCAUGACAUUGUCCUUACCAGGAAGGUUUUUUGUUUUUGAUGCCUUGCAUCUAAACUUGGCACUAUGCCCGCGGCGACUGUGGAUCAUAGCCAAAGAAUAUGUGAAGUUUGGGCUUGUAAUCUGGAGGAGGAACUGAAGAAAAUCCGUCAGGUCAUCCGCCAGUAUAACUACAUUGCAAUGGAUACAGAGUUUCCCGGUGUAGUUGCUCGACCAAUUGGAGAGUUUAGGAGCAAUGCGGAUUACCAGUACCAGUUAUUGCGGUGCAAUGUGGAUUUGCUGAAGAUAAUCCAGCUGGGCCUGACCUUUAUGAAUGAGCAGGGAGAGUACCCUCCGGGAACAUCAACCUGGCAGUUCAAUUUCAAGUUCAAUCUCACGGAGGACAUGUACGCCCAGGACUCCAUCGAGCUGCUGACCUCGUCGGGAAUCCAGUUCAAGAAGCAUGAGGACGAGGGAAUCGAGACUCAGCACUUCGCCGAGCUGCUUAUGACCUCUGGGGUUGUCUUGUGCGAGGGAAUCCACUGGCUGUCAUUCCACAGCGGCUACGACUUCGGAUACCUGAUCAAAAUCCUGUCCAACUCCAAUUUACCCGAAGAAGAAGUGGACUUCUUUGAGAUUCUGCGUUUGUUUUUUCCCAUUAUCUAUGAUGUGAAGUACCUCAUGAAGAGCUGCAAAAACCUAAAGGGUGGUCUGCAGGAAGUGGCUGAACAACUGGAGCUUGAGAGAAUUGGCCCCCAGCACCAGGCUGGGUCUGACUCAUUGCUCACAGGAAUGGCCUUCUUCAAGAUGAGAGAGAUGUUCUUCGAGGACCAUAUCGAUGAUGCCAAGUACUGUGGACACCUGUAUGGCCUGGGCUCAGGCUCAUCUUAUGUGCAGAAUGGCACGGGCAACGCCUAUGAAGAGGAGGCCAGCAAGCCUCAGUCGUGACUCCUUCCCCCCACCCGUCCCCCCCUGACCCUUGACCUUGACUCCUGAUCCCUGACCUUGUCUCCUGACCCCUACCUUCCUCCAUUGGUAUGUAUCACAGUCCACCACUGUGACUGCAGGAAGGCCACAGCUCGAAGAGAAAAGUGGGGAUGGAAGGAUCGUGAAGUACUUUCUGGGUCUGGCAGCCUGAUGCAUAACCCCCCCCCUACCGUUAAUGCAGUUUAGAGUGGCCGAUUGGUUCAUUUGAAUAUCACAUGCAGUGCUUUCAAAUGUGGGUUUUUAGUUUUUUUUUUCUUUCCAUAAAAUGGACUUUGGAAAUUGGCACUUUAAAGCUCUCGUCCAGAUUUUUGCUUUUUAUAAAGCUGCAAGACUGGCAUUUCUUCCAUGAUCAAUGGUUUAAGAGAGAGAGAGACCCCCCCCCCCCCCCCCCCCCCCCCCCCCCCCCACCCAAUUUUGUUGCCUUUUCUACAUUAAUGUUCCACUCAAGGGAAAAAAUAAUACUACAUGAGUUUUAAUUUCUUCCCACAAAGCUCAGCCUUAAUAUUAACUACAUUUUAUAUAUGUUUCCUUUUUAUAUAUAUAUAUAUAUAUAAUUUAUUGUUGGCAUAUACUUAACGUGUGCUGUCGUUUGUAUGGCCUGUUCAGCAGAACUGGCCCAGUGUCGCUGUAGCCUCUCCCAGUGAUAAGGGACUCCUGAGUAUGGGUGUGUGGGGCAUAGCAGACCUCACCUUGGCACUUGCACUUCUCACAGUUUUCACACCUGUUUGGCACCACUUUCAGAUCCACUGACAAUGCAAAAAGUUGGUAUUGGCCACUCAGUCAUAUGAGGUCACCCUUUAGUUUCCCAUAAGGUUUGUUUUCCUCUCCAUUUUCUAAAAUAACUUGAACGUUUUGUAGUGUUUUAGUAUGAAAAUACAGCUUUUAUUCAUUUAAGAAAAUGCUUCUUAACAUAAAUCUUAACCAACUCAAGUACCUGAUUACAGUGGCAUUAUUUUUACCUGUAGUACUAGUUUGUGCUGGUUGUUUUGUGAUAUUGUAUUGCUUUACAAUUCCUCCCCGCAUGUGUCCAUGCCAUUUGAAGGGUGACAUUGUACAUUCUGUUCUUUGGUAACCUGGGCUUCGGAGAUCUAUGCUGCAUGAACAGGACAUGUGAUCAUUCAUUGGUUGUUGUCUUUCACUAGAAAGCACUUCACGUUACGUUUUGGUUUAUCUUUAUUUUUACUGCUGUUAAGGGCCCCUGUUAAAGAGUAAUUUGGCAGCAUAAAGGAUUGUUUUUAGAGCUUUUGUAAAUAAAGGCUUCUGACUUUUCUUACUUAGGAUAUUAAUUGACUUGUAUUAAUUUGGCUGGUUUUUUUUCUGCGAUUGUGUGCGUAUCUGACUCUAAAGGCGAUGCGUUCAGUAUUUUUGUUUUUAUGUUCUUGCCUGCAUUUACACGAGCAAUCAGCAGGUCUUUGAGUAAUAAAAGCGGGGGUGUGGUGUUCUGCCGUGUGGGUCGUCAGCUUUCCGCUGUCACCCCGAACGCACUUUAAUAGCUUUGGUUGCAUAGAACUAGGGAUUCAUGAGUGAACUUGAUGACUCAGACACCUGCUUUUGCAGCAAUUCCCAUUCUAACCAGCCAAUACUUAUAGUGAGGGGUGAAGCUGAAGCCAAUGAUGUUGUCAUAUGUUCAAUUCUCCAUAGAUAUUGUAGGCCAGUGUGUCUUAACUCAGUCCUGGGGGAUCCCCAGACGGACCUUGUUUUUGCAGAUGUUGAGUAGCCGGGAGGGAGCAAGAAUGUGGAUCGUCUGGAGGGGCCCAGGGGGGAGAGGGUUAAGAAACAAUGUUGUAGACACACGUAUGACGUCGAGACCUCUAUUGCUAUGUUAAAUAAAGGGACACGGACUCGUGCAUCUCAGAGUUACCACUGCUUGUGGAAGUCUUGCUUCCAAGGCUGGUUGUUGUAGGUGCUCACAGCAGUUUUGCGCAGUGAAUAAAUGCCUAGAAAUAGGGCUUCGGCUUAGUGUUAUGGGUUGAAGGAUCAGCAGCUUAUUUUAAUUUCCUGUUUACUCCCCUCCAAGUAAUUAAAUGACACAAGUGUUUAAAUUACAGUACCGGUUUACCAGGUUAUGUAUACAUGAGUGAAAUAAACUUAUUAUUCUCCUGUGGACAA